AAGCUGUCCCAGGAGCGGGAGAGGUUUGCAGAUGAGGACAGCAUAUUCUAUGCCCUUGGGGAGUGUGGACUCAUCUCCUUCUCCGACUACAUCUUCCUCACUACAGUCCUGUCCACUCCUCAGAGAAACUUCGAAAUCGCCUUCAAGAUGUUUGACCUGAACGGUGAUGGUGAGGUGGACAUGGAGGAGUUUGAGCAGGUGCAGAGCAUCAUUCGCUCCCAGACCAGCAUGGGCAUGCGCCACAGGGACAGGUCCACCACAGGCAACACCCUCAAGACUGGCUUCAACUCUGCCCUCACCACUUACUUCUUUGGGGCUGACCUGAGGGGCAAGUUGACCAUCUCCCAUUUCCUGGAGUUCCAGCGCAAGCUGCAGCAUGACAUCCUCAAGCUUGAG